AUGAAAACAUUUCCCCCCGUGUAUUUCUUUAUGCUACACGCGCAAAUAUUUCCUGUCCUUUUUCGUCUUUUUUUUCUGUUUUCUUUAACGCUUUUAUUCGCUUAUUUUUUUUUUCUUUUUAGUUCUUUAACUGUUUUUUCUUUAUUUUCAUUUUUGUCAUCUUUUUCUUCUCUAUUGACAUUCUCCUUCCUUCUUCCUUUGCUUUGUUCAUCGUUGUCUCGGCCUGAUUUUGAUUUUUUUUCUUCUUUCUCUUUCCUGCUUAUUUCUCUCUCUCUUUUCCUUUCUUUUUUAUAUUUGUUUUUUUUUUUUUUACUUGUCACUAUUCUUUUAUUUCUCUACUGUAUAUUCUUGUUUAUUUGGAUUUCUUUUCAAAUUUUAUUUUCUUCUUUUUUCUUCCAUUUUUUUUUAAACUAUUCUGUUUUUCUGGUUCAUCUUUUUCUCUUUUUUCUGCAACUUUUUCUCUUUUUUCCGUGUCUUUAUUCGCUUUUUCUGGAUUUUUUCUCUCUUUUCUGCAUCUUGUUCUCUUUCAACCGCAUCUUUUUCUCUUUAUCUGCAUCGUUUUUCUCUAUUGUUCGCAUCAUUUUCUAUUUCUUCUCCAUCUUUUCUACUUUUCUACAUCAUUUUCGCUUUUUCCUGCAUCUUUUUCAUUUUCUUCUGCCACGAUUUCGCUUUAUUCUGCAUUGUUUUCCAUUUUUUCUGCAUCUUUUUCUCGUAUUCUGCGUCGUUGUUUUGCGUCCUUUUCUCGGGUUGGGGUCUGUAGUAGCUUGGGUUCUUUGA